CUUAAUCAGCGAGGUCAUUGACCGCGGUGCUGACGUCCCUGUGGUCAAAGUUGUCAGCGGGAACCUGUGCAAACGUCCGGGGACUACAGUGACAGUCUUAACUACCAUCAUCACAUCACUACAUUGCAGUUCGGUGAGCAGCAACCACUGGAGCAUCACUACACACCAAGUACACUACUGGGGAUGUGUUAAAGUCGUCGAGGCAGUCAUGAGAAAGACGGCGUUCCUGGCAGUUGCUGCGGCUGUUGGUGUGGGACUGUACUGGUUCCCACCCGCAGUUCUACAAGCCGUCCUGCACGACUACCUGUGCAUCUGCCUUCUGGCUUACGUCACCCUUGUACUGGUCGUUAGCUUCCUCCUUCCGGGUCAAGAAGUCGAGCGUGUGGACCCUUCCGGCAAGGCCGUUCUGAUCACUGGGUGUGACAGUGGUUUCGGAUGGUUGCUGGCGACAAGGCUGGAUGCUCUGGGGUUCGUGGUGUUUGCCGGUUGCCUGGCUCCUGACCGCGAGGACGCGCUGCAGCUCAAGAAGAGGGCGUCCCCACGUCUGCACGUGCUGGAGCUCAACGUCACGGACGACUGGCACGUGCAGCGCGCGCUGUCGUACAUCACAGAGCAUCUCAAAGAAGCAGAGCUGUGGGCCGUGGUGAACAACGCGGGAAUAGGCUUCGUUGGGGAGAUCGAAUGGUGCUCCGUUGAUCAGUUCCAGAAGAUUCUCGACGUCAACGUCCUAGGAGUGGUGCGGGUCACCAAAGCCUUUCUACCCCUUCUCCGGCACUCCCGGGGCCGAGUCAUCAACGUCGCCAGCACGGCGGGCCGUCUGACGCUGCCUAUGUACUCCGCCUAUUCCAUGUCCAAGAGAGCUGUGGUCGCCUUCUCUGAUGCUCUCCGCCAAGAGAUGCACAAGUUUGACAUGACGGUGAUCACCAUUGAGCCCAGCUUGUACAGGACUCACAUCGCCAUGGCCGAUCCCUACAUUGACGCCAACAAGAAAUCCUGGUCUAAGACCCCGACUGACAUCAGAGAGGACUACGGCGAAGAAUAUUUUGACGCCGCACUGACGAAGAUCAGGGCUAGCCUAGAAAAGGCACGUCCGCAGGUGGACGAGGUCAUCCACCAGAUGGAGCUGGCCGUGUGCACGCGCAACCCGCGUCACCGUUACGUGCCGAACGGCAUGACGUACCUUCGCACGGAGAUCCUACGUCACCUGCCCACGACGUGGACGGACAAGGUGUUCUCUGGUAUGUCCCCCAGCAUCAAGCCGCGGCUUGCCGUGCGGCAGGAGUCCGUCAAAGCCUCCAAGUAACGUGCACGAGCCCCACGGCCUGGAGGCCGUGUCAAAGGUUAUGUGUAGCGUAACCGAGGCUAAUGGCGAACGGCCCGGUGGUUUUGGGUCGAGAAAGGUUGGAGAGUUCGAAGUUCACCAGACUAAUUUCUGGUCUAACUGAAACAGACAUCGGACUCACACAUCUGUGACUAAACGCGUUCUUAAAGUGUAGAAGCGUCAAACCUCCGAAGUGCCCAAAGUGCCAUUCUACUUGUAAAGGUAUUGGUAAUAUAUUGACAAACAAGUCUCGACUUAGCAUAUCAUCUUAUUCUCAUUAUUGCUGUUACAACCUGGUCACGAUCAGUCCUCGUCCCUUGACUGAUACCCGUCGUUGGGGGGAGUGCAGGGAUAAAGGGCACAAGCUGACCCUGACCCUGUCACCAUAGCAAACACGUGUAAACACACGUCGACGAUAACCAGUGAUGCUGAGAAACGUGGAUGUGUGUGUGUGUUAGUUGACCAUUGUUAUGACAAUUCACGAUGUUUCCAUAGUAAUCGCCCGUCUACAGUGCAGCCAAGUUAUAAAAAUAUGUGCUCUCGAUUAAAUUGUCUAAAGUC